GCACGGGGUGCGAGUCUGGCUCAGCGGCUGCCGUCUCUUAUAGCAGCCGAGCGCUCGCGCUGCGCUCAGUCACACAGGGAGACACAGCCAGUGAAGCGCAGGAGAACACUUGUCAGACAACUAAUCGCUAGGGAAACAGGAGCACACCAACAUUUACAAGUCAGUCAACGUUUCUACUUUUCCUUUAUCCUGGAUGGGGAAACCUUCUGAAACUCUUGGUGGUGUACAGAAGAAAGUUUGACGGCUUGUUAGACGACGUCUCUGCCAACUUAGAGAUAGGUGGAUGUCCAGCCUUUAGGAGAAAGACAGGGCAGGGGUACUUGAAGGGAUUGAGGUUGAGCUUAGCAGGGGCGUACUGUUCAGAAGAACAUGGAUCUGCACAUAUGAAACUGCCUCCUUCCUCCCCUCUCUCUCUGAUCUGCCUCUUGACUGGCUCCACACUUCAACCUGACACAAACUCCCCCAGCAGAGAGAAGAAGAGAAGAAGAGAAGAUCAGGUCGAAAAGGAGAGGACAGGAGAAGCCAGGAGAGGAGGAACGAGAGGAGGAACGAGGGGAGAGAAGGGAGGAGAACGCCGGCUCCUCCGGCUCGUCGAGGCGGAGGAGGAGGACUCCGGGAGGCGGCGGCAAAGAGAACUUGGCCACGAGUGAGAUGAAACUCGGGGAGCAGACGUUCCACCGCCGCAGGGUACGACAGCCAACCACAGCCCUCCAAUCGGACAGCCCGGAAGACGAGCCAGCCCUCUCUGGACCCAACGCUGAAGGAUGAGAGGACACGACUUUCCCCUUAGUUGCCAGGGAUGUCGGCGCGUCACGGAGAGACACCCCCCUCCAGCAUGUCCAAUGCUAUGUUUCUCCUGAUGCUCUGCAAGACUGGUCUGAGAGGAAAACUGAAGACUUUUCCAGGGAAAAUGGUAAACACUGCCAUCAGUGAUGAGGAAAAAGGAAUCCAAGACAAGGAGGGUAAGGAGGAAUCCAUCUUGGCGAUGCUGGGAAUCAUUGGGACUAUUCUCAACCUGGUAGUCAUCAUCUUUGUCUACAUCUACACUACCCUGUAGGCCGAACCCACGGUCCUACAAAAUCUGAACUACUACUAAGACUUCCUGUUUCUCCACCGGCCCUAGCAAUGCUGAUUGGCCGGAAGUGGAAACCAGAAGGAGGAGCAGAAUUAAAAAAUGGCCAUCAUGUUAAAAGGGAUGUGAAACUGUACGGUCAUGGCACCAUGUGCAAGCAACGACAACUUCACAAAGUGGUGCUAAGACUGUGGGAGACUGGGCUGUUGCUGUGGGAACCAUCUCUGAGGCUGUCAAAGCCAUCCUUAAUGAAAGACACUUUACAGUAAUAACCUGUACAUAUGCAUGAGGAUACAUAUGCGUGUGGUAUCUUUGGUCAGACAUUGUCUGAGACGUAACUCCCACAUGCCACUUCCACAGGAGAGAAGGAGCCGGAACUGAGUGUGGCAGCAGCUGCUUUUCCGAAAAGUUGGAAGAAGUGACAUUUGUACAAUGGAAAUCAUCAAAUUUGUAUCGAUUUUUUGCGGUACAUACGUAGGUUGGAAGAUGACCUACAGUCCAGUUUGAUGUGGAGGGAAGCUGACCAUGAGCCUUUUUCAUUCUUAAGUAUGGUGGCUUAAACUCACUGUAAAGACAUUCUUUACAUGGAAAAAACAUGAAUCAAAUGUUGAUAUGAGUGUGUUUAGUGGAUAGGUUGUAGCAACAUGUGAAUCAACCUGGUUUAAUGAUUGUUCAUAUUGUGUCUUUUAACUAUUUUAACAAAUAUUUGUCACAUUACGUUGAUAAUUUAAUAUCAAACUAAA